CUUAUCAAGUUUGCAACGUCUUUGAACCCAACCAGAACAACUGGUUGCUUACCACCUUCAUAAAUCGACAAGGCGCACACCGUAUUUAUACAGAAAUGCGCUUCACUGUACGGGACUGUAGCAGCCUUCCCAAUGUUCCUGGUUCCUGUAAGGAAACUUUCAACCUAUAUUACUAUGAAACAGACUCUGUUAUUGCCACCAAGAAGUCAGCUUUCUGGACAGAAGCCCCCUACCUCAAGGUGGACACUAUUGCUGCAGAUGAGAGCUUCUCUCAGGUGGACUUUGGUGGCAGGUUAAUGAAGGUGAACACAGAGGUGAGGAGCUUUGGGCCCCUCAAUCGGAAUGGCUUUUACCUUGCCUUUCAGGAUUAUGGGGCAUGCAUGUCGUUGCUGUCUGUAAGGGUCUUCUUUAAGAAAUGCCCAAGUGUGGUGCAAAAUUUUGCCAUCUUCCCAGAGACUAUGACAGGAGCAGAAAGCACCUCCUUAGUGAUUGCACGAGGUACAUGCAUUCCUAAUGCCGAGGAGGUGGAUGUGCCUAUUAAAUUGUACUGCAAUGGUGAUGGGGAAUGGAUGGUUCCCAUUGGCCGCUGUACUUGCAAGGCUGGAUAUGAGCCUGAGAACAAUGUGGCCUGUAAAGCUUGCCCGGCAGGGAUGUUCAAAGCUAACCAAGGAACAGGAGUCUGUACACAAUGUCCUUCCAACAGUCGCUCCAUGUCAGAAGCUGCUCCCAUCUGCACUUGUCGCAAUGGAUACUAUCGGGCUGACUUUGACCCAUCAGAGGUAGCUUGUACUAGUGUUCCUUCAGGACCUCGCAAUGUAAUCUCUAUUGUCAAUGAGACAUCAAUUAUAUUAGAAUGGCACCCACCUCGGGAGACAGGAGGUCGUGAUGAUGUGACCUAUAACAUAGUCUGCAAAAAGUGUCGGUCAGAUCGCCGUAGCUGCUCCCGCUGCGAUGACAAUGUGGAGUUUGUACCAAGACAGCUGGGUCUUACGGAAACUCGAGUCUUCAUCAGCAACCUGUGGGCCCAUACACCAUACACCUUUGAAAUCCAAGCAGUCAAUGGAGUUUCCAAUAAAAGCCCAUUCCCACCACAGCAUGCCUCAGUAAACAUCACCACCAACCAAGCAGCACCUUCCACAGUUCCUAUUAUGCACCAGGUAAGUGCCACCAUGAGGAGCAUCACGCUGUCAUGGCCUCAGCCAGAACAGCCCAAUGGCAUCAUCCUGGACUAUGAAAUCCGUUAUUAUGAGAAGGUGAGCCGGAUCUGCAUCCCUGAGAUUAGCAGCGCUAUGGGCUCAAGACCAGCUACCGACCACAGUGAGUACAACUCCUCCAUGGCCAAAAGUCAGACCAACACUGCACGAAUCGAUGGGCUCCGGCCAGGGAUGGUUUAUGUAGUGCAGGUGCGGGCUCGGACUGUGGCCGGCUAUGGGAAAUACAGUGGGAAAAUGUGCUUCCAAACCUUGACAGAUGAUGACUACAAGUCAGAACUGAGAGAACAACUGCCAUUGAUUGCUGGCUCUGCAGCAGCAGGGGUCGUCUUCAUUGUCUCCUUAGUGGCUAUUUCAAUUGUUUGCAGCAGGAAACGAGCCUAUAGCAAAGAGGCUGUCUACAGUGACAAGCUACAGCACUACAGCACUGGUCGAGGCUCCCCUGGAAUGAAGAUCUACAUUGAUCCUUUUACAUAUGAGGACCCCAAUGAAGCUGUCCGUGAAUUUGCCAAGGAAAUUGAUGUGUCUUUCGUGAAGAUUGAAGAAGUCAUUGGAGCAGGAGAAUUUGGUGAAGUUUAUAAAGGGCGCCUGAAACUGCCUGGCAAGAGAGAAAUUUAUGUGGCUAUUAAGACAUUAAAGGCCGGCUAUUCUGAGAAACAACGACGGGAUUUCCUGAGUGAGGCCAGCAUCAUGGGUCAGUUUGACCAUCCAAAUAUUAUUCGGCUGGAGGGGGUUGUCACUAAAAGUCGGCCAGUGAUGAUCAUCACAGAAUUUAUGGAAAAUGGAGCCCUGGAUUCUUUUCUGAGACAAAAUGAUGGUCAGUUUACAGUCAUUCAGUUGGUGGGAAUGCUACGAGGGAUUGCAGCUGGCAUGAAGUACCUUGCAGAAAUGAAUUAUGUCCACCGUGAUCUUGCAGCCAGGAAUAUCCUGGUCAACAGCAACCUGGUCUGUAAAGUAUCUGACUUUGGUCUCUCUCGCUACCUGCAAGAUGACACCUCAGAUCCAACUUAUACCAGCUCUUUGGGUGGGAAAAUUCCAGUAAGGUGGACAGCACCAGAAGCUAUUGCCUACCGCAAAUUCACAUCCGCUAGUGAUGUAUGGAGUUAUGGUAUUGUUAUGUGGGAAGUAAUGUCAUUUGGAGAAAGACCCUAUUGGGAUAUGUCCAAUCAAGAUGUAAUUAACGCAAUUGAGCAAGACUACCGGCUCCCUCCACCCAUGGACUGCCCAGCUGCUCUACAUCAACUUAUGUUAGAUUGCUGGCAGAAAGACCGCAACACCAGGCCACGCUUUGCUGAAAUAGUUAACACUUUAGAUAAAAUGAUCCGAAAUCCAGCAAGCCUCAAAACUGUGGCUACCAUCACCGCUGUGCCUUCUCAGCCACUGUUGGAUCGCUCCAUCCCAGAUUUCACUGCCUUUACCUCAGUAGAAGAUUGGCUGAGUGCCAUCAAAAUGAACCAGUACAGAGACAGUUUUCUAACUGCUGGCUUCACAUCCCUUCAGUUAGUUGCACAAAUGACAUCGGAGGAUCUUUUUAUGCCUUUAUUUGAUGUCAGAAGUAUAUGGAAAGAUGCCAGUCCGGACAGUCAAGCUUACCACUGCAGUCCCCUACUCCAUUUCCAUUGGCAAGGUAGCCAUGAUGCUCUGCAGAUGAGCUGUGAUCUCCUGGGGAUGCUGUCAGGCUCUUGUGUCAAGGACAUGCUCUGGCCUGAAGAGCAGAGACAACAGGAGUCAACCUGCAGUCACAUGCACUGUUCCAGCCAAAAGAGGUCCUGCCAUGUACAUAGCCAAUGAGAUAUCUGUAAAGGAUGGCAUUCUCUUGUACAUUUUCCCCUUUCUCUUUCAACUCAUUGAUUGUGUCAAAAUUGUCC